AUGUUCAAGCUUUUUAUUUCAUUCUUCUUAGUCCUACUCGCUUUCUCCGCAGUGUCUGCAUUCUCUGAUGCUGACAAUGCGAUUGCUUGUUUCGGCAAUUGCAUCAAGAAUACUGAGUCAGACAAAGAGGAUGUGAAAGAAUGCGCAAAAAUGUGUGUUGGAGAUGCUACAGAUGAUGCAUCCAAAGCUUUCUUGGAAUGUGAGUCGAAAUGUGUGGAUUCAUUUUUCGAGAAGGGGAAAGAUAACAGCAACGAUUACUAUAUUGUGGCAUGUAACACUGAGUGUGCGGAUGCAUUCAAGAGUGGAUGA